AUGUGGAAAUUAGCAUCAGCAGCCACUUCGAAAAGAUUAUCAUCAUUUUCAAAUAGUAAUAUAUUAUAUGGUAUAAAUAUUAAUAAUAAUAAUGGUGGAAAUAAUGAUAAAAAGAAGGAAAAGAAACCAACAGAAACAACUAAUACCACAACAACCACAGCACCAAAAGUCACAACCCACAUAAAUGAUGAAAAGAAUGUUUUGUUAAAAAAGUUACAGUUAUUAUCAAAGAAAUCAACAGAUGACAUAACACUAGUUGGGGUUAACAAUAGAGAUAUUAACCAUAUGACCCGUUUAUUGGCAAAUUCUGGUAUUUCAGUUUCAAAAAUAAAUAAUAAGUUAUUAUCAUUACAAAUUAAUGAAAGUGAGGGCCAAGCUAGUGAUGGUAAUGGUAACAACCAAGGCCAUUUAAAUAGUGGUUACAAUAAUAGCACAGUAUUGAAUAAUGGUAAAAAUAAUAACAGCAUACAAGAUUCAUUAUCAUCUUCAUCAGGAUCAAUUUCUUCAAGUUCAUCAUCCUCUUCAUUAGAAAAUACCAAAACAAUAUCAUCAACAUCUUCAUCAGCAUCCUCAUCACCAUUAAAUAGUUAUAGCGAAAAUAAAAUAAAUAGUAGAUUUAAUUCAGAGUUUAAUGAAUUUAGGGUAUUAGGUAAAGGCGGGUUUGGUAUUGUUUUUAAAUGUUCAAAUAUUUAUGAUGGCAUGGAGUAUGCGGUUAAGAGAAUCAAAGUUAAUCAACGUAUCCCAACCAAAGAAUUGAUGGAGGUUAGAGCUAUGGCUAGAUUAAACCACCCAAAUAUAGUUAGAUAUUACAACUCAUGGAUUGAGGAAGAACCAACACACAAGCACACAAUAGAUCACUAUGGCGAAUCAAAUAACUCUUUAUUUGACCAUAAUGAUAACCAGGAUUAUACGCCAUCAUCUCUAUUGGCAACAUCAGAAAACUCUGGAACAAUUACAUAUAUAACCAACAACAACAAUAAUAAUAAUACAUUUAAUAGUACAGCAUCUAGCGAUUUUACAAAUUACUCACUAAAUGAAAAAAAAUAUUCGCUAUAUAUUCAAAUGGAGUUUUGUAAAUAUGGAUCACUUAGAGAUUUAUUAAAUGAAAAUAAUAACAUCAAAUCAAUCAAUAAUGGUAUUACCACAAGUAUUGAAUUGGGAUUAAAUGCAUGUCGUGAGGUUUUAAGACAAAUUUUAAUUGGUUUAAAAUAUAUUCAUUGUCAAGGUAUUGUACACCGUGAUUUAACACCAGAUAAUAUAUUUAUAUGCCAAUCACCUUUUACCAUAAAGAUUGCAGAUUUUGGUUUAGCUACUACAAUUGACUCUUUAAAGACAAGCGAAAAUAGGAAGGGAUUAGGAACUUAUCUCUAUUCAAGUAAUGAACAAGAACAAGGUGGAAACUAUGAUCAAAGAACCGAUCUCUAUAGCGCAGCGGCCAUAUUCUUUGAAAUGCUCUCACAAUUUAAAACUACAAUGGAAAGAUCAGCAACCUUAACCAAAUUAAAAAAUACACUUUCGGUAUCACUCACAAGUCCUCAAUUGAAACUACAAUAUCCAAAAGAUGCAGAUUUCAUUGAUUGUUUAAUUCAACCAUUUUUAAAUAGGCCCAAUUCAAACCAAAUUCCAAUGGACAAUAUUUUAGAUUUCCCACCAACCUUAGAAAAUUUAUUAGGGUUUAAAAAUAAUAUUGAAGAAAAACAACAAUAUCAACAAUUUUCUUUACUCCUAAAUUAA